GUGAAACACAUUUUUGCUCCUUCAUUCAACUAGUUCAUAAAAGGUCUCUGGUAAUCGAUCUGAUUAUAAUACUGUACUCUAUUUACUGGCAAAACAUCUAGUCAUUAGCUAGUCAAGUGUGUAGCCAUGCCAGUUCUACAUUAACGGAAAGCUCUGUUGAUAUCUUGUGCUAUUCGGCAAACAGUAUGAUCCGUUGAUCAAAAAUGAAUGAUUCCAGCAAGCCUUCUUCGACCAAGGAAUACGUGUUUAUGCCCUACGAUGUUUUUAUUACCAAACUGGUUCUYUAUUCCUUAGUUGGUGUUUUCUGUGUCUACGCUGUUGUGGCCAAUGCCUUUAUUCUGUACGUCAAGGCGAAACUGCKAACCAAGCGAAAAAGGAACGUUCACAAUCGAAGACCUUUUGAUCGCUUCCCAGUGGUCAGUAUGUUUAUUCAAAGUCUAGCAUACUCGGAUUUCUUUUGUGGUCUGAUUACUCUGCCAGUCGCCAUCACAGUAAACUUUGUKGAUGUUAUAACCAGUGACAUGAUCUGCAAGACUGUCCGUUUUUGCAACAUUUUCUUUCCAAUGGUAACUAUGAACAAYCUCUUUGUAAUUGGAAUAGAAAGAUAUUUGGCAGUGUUUUAUCCUUUUCUCGUCCCAUCCAGUCGUUCAAUCAAGGGACUUGUMUUAGGGGCGUGGAUUUUUGGGGGGAUCAUAUCAUUGGUUAUUUCCACCACUUUUAGCCUAGAAAUUCGAGAUAUCGGCCCCACCACAUACACCAAGACUUGCGUGUAUAACAAAAAUGUUCUCCUGUACAAGGCAAUGUUUAUAACAUCUUCAGUGGUUGUCUAUUUUAUCCCAAGUAUCAUCUUAACCUUCACUAGCCUCCGUUUAGUUUGUUUCUUACGACGAAAAAGAAAGACAACGCCAAAAACCUCUAAARUUAAUUCGUGGAGAUUUUACGGGACAAGUACUUUUGUGAUUCUUAUAUUCAGUUUUGUUAUUCCAUAUCUAAUUUUCAUGGUGUAUAAUGCGGUGAGUACUGUGUUAAAGUUCGACUUCAGCUUCACGAUGGAGAUUAUUGUAAGGAGACUUAGCGCAGUGUUUGCAUAYUCUAAUUCCGCAAUCAGCCCCACCGUCAUGCUUUUUAGCAUGCCUGAUCUAAGGAGAGCCUWCAGAAGAUUCGCAAGACGCCAUUUGAGACUAGUAAGAUCUAMACGCAUCAGCUCUAAUGUGGUCAGAGAAAAUUACCAAUUAAGUAACGACCAUAACAUACUCCCUACACCACCUGUCCUUGUGCCAAAUACAGAACAAUGCAACGCUAAUGGAACAACUCAUCCAUUUGUUAUAAAUAAUAUACAUACAGUUCAAAGGCAUAUUGAGACCCACAUGUAAUUGCAGUGAAACAAAGUGAAUCAUUUUAAAAUUGCUCUUUGCGGAGUUCGUUUAAACGACGCCUUCCUUGGGUUCCAAUAGCGCAGCGCAGCCGUGACGUCAUAAAAACGAAGACAAAGGCGAAAUUCGGACAAACAAACUUACAAGUUUACUUUCAGCAGAUAAUUUUMRCAGCC